AAAAAAGAAAAAAAAAAAAAAAACCUGUAUGAUGAUGAUGAUGUUGAGUGCGACACACAGUUGACUAACCGGUCACAUUACGACAGGAAUCAACUUACUGACCUCUUAUAUCACUGAGGAUAUCACUUCUUCAUUCCAUCUCUAGAUACACACCAGCUGGGAUCGAAACUUAAAGGCUCCUCGCUAUAAAGCUGGGUAAACGGCGCAUUAGAUAAGAGAGAAGAGUCUAGAGUCAGCCGGUCACUGUCCGCUCCAGCGCUGGAUCUCUGGGUCACUUUAAACACUUUAAACGCGUCGACAUGAGGAGUUUACCGCAUUUCUGCCGGGGACAGGUGGUCCGCGGAUUCGGUCGAGGAAGCAAAGACCUGGGCAUCCCAACAGCGAACUUCCCAGAGUCGGUUGUGGACAAUCUCCCUGCUGACAUUAGCACAGGAAUCUAUUACGGAUGGGCACGCGUGGAUAACGGAGACAUUCACAAGAUGGUGAUGAGCAUCGGCUGGAACCCUUACUACAAAAACACUAAGAAAUCCAUGGAAACACACGUGAUCCACACUUUUGAGGAAGAUUUCUACGGUCAGAUGUUGAGUGUGGCCAUGGUCGGCUACAUUCGCCCUGAGAGAGGAUUCAACUCGCUUGACGAGUUGAUAGCAGCGAUUCAUAGUGACAUUGAGGAGGCGAAGAUAAAGCUGGACCUGCCUGAGCACUUAAAACUGAAAGAGCAUCAUUUCUUCAAGACGUCAGUAUCGACAACAGCCAAUCAGAUCUGUAACGGUCAUCGACUGUAACAUUCACUUUCACCAUCACCUAUUUAAAGCCUGUUUAGUACAUAUGCAGUCUGUUAUUUUUUUUAUGUUAAAAAGAUUUCUGUCCCCAUGUGGUGCUUUGGUCAAGUGGAGGCACUAUAUGUAUUUCUUCAUACGGUAUCAUCACGCAGCCCUUUUGUUUCUAUAUUUAUUGCAAAAAGGAGGAUUCAAGUUACUUACUGGUGAAUGAUCACUGCAGUUCACAGGGUAAACGACACAGAGCCCUUCCCAGAAUUCAAUGAUUGCUACGGAUGAUACAAUGUAGAAGUCAUGGAGUGUCAAAAUCUCUUCUUUCUGGUAAAAUUCAUCUUUAGACGGAGAGUUCUUCCUCCACCUUCAUUUUAAUUUCAUUUUUGUUUAAGAAAGACUCUCUUUUAAUGAAUAAAACACUUUAACAAUAGUCAAAAUUGGCGUUCCUCCUCUUUGAGAUAAAAUGAAUACUUUUUAUGGUUCUCAGAGAACCGUGCCCAGAGGUGGAAGUCCAAGGUUGAGAUAAAGAGAGUUAAAGCCCAUGUUAUUUGUAAUAUGAGUGCAAAACUGGGCAGUCGGAGAACAAAGUGACUGAAUUGAAUUAAUUUAAAUGUUCUUUUAAAUAUUUAAAUGCUUACAGAAGCUCUGCAUAGCAAACACUUGCUCCUGUGUACAUAUGUAUUACUAAACCUUAACCUAAAAUAACCCCCCCCCCCCAUCAUUUGCAAAUGAUCUUCUGAUUUUACCUUAUUUCUCCAUGGUGUGUUCUUGUUGAAUUGAUGCUUGAAACACGUGCUGCUGGUUUAGUGUUAAACUGCAGCAAUCCUCAGUAAAAUGGUGCGGUCACGUUAUUAGCGAAAUUUCACGAAAUGUUAAUUAAUUGUCAGUAGUGUAAGGAUGUAUGUUUACACAGAAAUCGAUUUCAAACCAAAUUUUCGCCACUUUCUGUUGGUCAGAGAGAAUCUGUGUGUGGGAAAUGGUUCGCCCUCACGCGAAAUUCCCGGUCACGUGGAAAAUUCGCUGAAGAACGGAAAAUGUGACCGCACCUUAACCUCUUAACUGUCACCGUCCACCCUGUGGGACGCCUACGUUUACUUCACUAUUUUACAAUUAAAUCCUAAUCUAAUCAUGACAAACUAUAUGUCGUUUGGAAAGGUCUAAGACUCCUAAAUAGAUAUUUUACCACUUUUUUUGUAAAAAAAUUAUGUAGGAAAAGUAAUAGAUUAAUUUAUGACAAGAGUGCACCUGAAAAAUCUACAUCAUAACAGGAGUUCUGACCUUUGUCACAGAAAGUCUUCUUUUUUGCCUUUUUCUCUGUCACGCUUUAGAAAUCAUAAGAAAUUAUAUAUCAGUUGAAAACUUAAAAUCUCAAAAUUCAUCCUUUGAAACCCAUUUUAAAAUCAGACAUUGCAUUACCAUGGAAAUGGUACAUCAAAAUCAUGUUGGAAAAUGUUUUCAUUCAUGAAUUAUAAAAAAAUAAGUUUGGAUAGUGCACUAUAAUGUCUCUGUUCAAAACUGUGAGUGACAGUUAAGGGGUUAAUGUAGGAAUCAAUAGAAAAAUGUUACUCUUUAAAACCUGUCUGUUAAUGCUGUUAUCGUCACAAUCUAUAUUCAUCAGACUGGGCCUUUAAUUGUUGAAUUGCAUGUUUUCUGUUUCUUUUUUUCUUCUUUGUUUUUGUAGGUCAGGGCAGUGCCUUACUAUGUGAAAUCAGACAUUAAUAUACGGUGCACAACCAAGCAUUCCUUCACUGUUGACACCUGCUUGUAAGCAUUAAACAAAAAUGCCUUAUGUU